AUGAAAAUAAAUUUUAGAAUAACUGUGGAAAAUGUAAUAAAUAAAACCAAAUUAACUCUUAAAAAUGAUACGCGAUUCAUGAAAGUGUGCCAAUCGCUGGUUUAUAUUAUUAUUCUGGAUCCAGAAACUUCAAAUCUUCGGCUAUCCGAAUUUACUCAAAAAUCGCUUGAGACAAGUGACAUGUCUAAAAGUAUCUUAAACGCUCUUGGUAAAUCAUUCUACAUAUUGUUAGAAAAUUUACAUCGAAUUCUAAUUUUUCAUGACGGGAAUAACCUAGAAGUAGAUUUACAAUGGGUCCAAGCGCUCUUAUUAUACAGUUCACAAUUUUUACGAAAUAUGACGGCGGGCAAUCUAAUGACAUGCCAUGAUGAAUUGGUCAGCAUAUGGUUCUUUAUGAUGGAGAAACAAGUUCAAUUUACAAGAGAACAUCGACAAAAUAUUCAAUGGAACAAAAUCAUAUCUUGUUUACAAAUGAUAGCCACGACUUUAUCAAAUGAAUCGAACACGUUUUUAUUCAUGUCAAAUUUAAUAAUGAAUGAAAUUUGGACCAAUCCUGAAAGUGAACGUUAUUGGGAUCCGGAGAAAUCAUCAAAUAAUAAUAAUAUUACUUCAGAGUUACAAGUUAAUAUGCAAAAGGACAUGUCAGUAUUGAAGACAACUGAAAUGAUGGUUGAUAAGGACAAAUCAUUUGUCGAUCGAAAAGUAGUUUAUCGGCCGAGACUUCAACUUUAUCGUAAAAAUUGGACAUACAAGAAACCAAUAAGAAUUCAGAAUACUUGGCAAUCGCACUUUGAGAAUUGCGUAAUUGAUUCUCCCGUAGAUGAAUGUUAUGUAUCAAAUGCGAUAAACACAGCAACAUUUAUUAAGAUGUGCUGUCUGAGACCAGAUUUAUUGGCGUUUGAUAAUGAGAGAGCUAACAAGUUGAUACAGCUGCUUAUGGAUAAAUUUACAACCGUAGAACCUUCAACUUCAGUGACAAUACACGCAAUGAUACCAAAGGGAACGAGAUUACUGAAUUCUCGUGAUUGGAUAUUGAAUGAAGUCUUCAAAUCUCAUCUUCAGUAUUGGAUUUUACUCGAUUAUUUAUCCAAUGUGAAUCAUGAAAAAUACAGAGAAUUGCAUGAUUUUUUGAUUCGAGCCCUUUUUGCACAAAAUAUACAAUUUUGGCAUUUUACUCAGAAAUCAAAUCCACAAGAAUGUCGUUUAGAGUUGGAUGCUGCUAUAAGAUUAAUAGAUUCAAUGCGUAAAGCAGGAGAUAUUCGACCCCCUAUGACAGAAGUUGGAAGGGUAUUGCCAUAUUUGAAUACAAGUGAUAUAUAUAAUAUAUUGUAUGAAGUGUGGAAAUUUAUAAUGGAGAAUUGGCAACAAUGUCCAUAUUCCGAUAAUUUUAUGGAGCAACAAGAGAAUAAUGAUAUCGGAGAAAUCAAUUAUGAAGAAAGGGUUCGUAACAUAAAGAUAAUUGUACAAAAGAACAUUUUAAAAAUACCUGAUGAAUUAGAAGAACGCGAUUCUAUUCAUUUCGUUCCUGACAAUUUUCUCUCUUCUACGGUUAAUCACCUUCAAACUAAACUUGAAGAUUACUGGAGAGUAUCACCAGUCAUGGCACAGUCUGAAGCGAUCCAAACAAUUGAUGCCUUUAUCAUGACAAUUCAUUAUAUUCUCAUUAAAUCUAUCCAAACGCUGGCUUCUUCACCAAAAAUUUCCAUUACAUUCUAUAAGCACUCUUCUGGUCACAUUAUCCACGAGAUCCCUUGCGAAUCGGAUCGAAAGAUGUUUGAUAACUUUAGCGAUAUCGGAUACAACUUGCUUCAUAAUAAAAAAAUUAACGAAAAAUGUGAAUUACAUUUUGUUGAAAAAUUUAAUGGUUAUGGGUUCAGGUGGAAAAGAUACUUCGAUUACAGAAAUGAAUGUGUAAGGUUGAAUGUAUCUAUUAAAACCAAGACUGAUGAGAUACUACAAAGAGUAAAAAUUGCUGAACCACCUUCUUAUAAUGGUGCUAAUAAUAGUGGUGGUGCUAAUCAUAUCUAG